AUGAAACUGCGUCUCGGCCAGCUAGCCGCUUUACUGCUCCCCAUCACAGCUGCUGUGGCUCAAGAUGGAGUCCUCAAACUGCCAGUGAAAAAGUCCAACGCCGUCGACCACAUCCUGGCGCGACGGAGCACCGACGACACCGUCAAUGUUGUCCUCUCGAAUCAACUGGUUUCGUACAUGGUCAACAUCUCCGUUGGCACCCCUUCCCAGGAGUUGCAGGUGAUCCUGGAUACGGGGAGCAGUGACCUGUGGUUCCCGUCGUCUUCCGUCUGUCCUAACACCAAUGAAUGCCCGUAUGGUUCCUUUGACUCUGGGAAAUCUUCCACAUAUGAAGAACUCGCAGCCGGGGACUUCGAGAUUCAAUAUGCCGACCAGUCUGGUGCGCAGGGCGAUUAUUUCUCCGAUGUGCUCAAGGUUGCUUCGGCGACCCUAAAGAACUUCACUAUGGCUCUGGGAACGAAUCUUACCAACCAAGCUGAGGGCCAGAUCUCUGGAGUUCUGGGAAUUUCCUACGUCGCAGAUGAGUCCAGCGUGAGCAACCACUACCCAAACUUCCCACAAGAGCUGGUCGCCCAAGGUGCGAUUAAGACCCCUGCAUAUAGCUUGUAUCUGGACGAUCUAGACUCGAACACCGGUAGCAUCCUUUUCGGCGGUAUCGACACGGCCAAAUUCAAGGGUGAACUCCAGAUCCUGGAUGUCCAGCCCAUUAGGAAUGUAUACGCCAUCUUCAACGUCGUUCUAAACAGCGUCUCCUUCAACGACUCCGGAUCCACAACCGAAGUUAGCUCGGGCAGCGCCCUUGCCAUCCUGGACUCGGGCACCUCCUUCACCAUCGUGCCGAAAGAUGUCUUCUCCAACAUCCUCGAGUCCUUCGGCGACAUUGCCGUCACCGAGUCCCAGGGCAACUACUACCUCCCUUGCUCCGCAGGCAACUCGGGUGACAGAUCCUUCACCUUCGAAUUCGGCAACUCCUCCACCGCAACCAUCACGGUGGACCUGUCGCAAUUCCUCAUCCAAAGCAGCCGCACCAUGUGCAUCCUCGGCUUCGACUAUACCACCGACGACUCGUACACGCUGGGUGACACCUUCCUUCGCUCCGUCUACGCCGUCUACGACCUCGCCAAUAACCAGAUCGGUCUGGCGCAGGCUAACUUCGACACGUCGUCCUCACACGUCGUCCCCUUCGAGUCUAAGGGUGCCAAAAUCACUGGUACCAAGGGAACGGGCUCCGCCACCUCAUCGGCCGGCGCCACUUCAUCGGCCGGCGCCACCGGCACCGACGGAGCUAAGAAUGCUGCUAUUCGCCUCUCUGGAUCAUUUGUCCCGGCAUCGUCCCUUGCAGCGGCGAUUGUCAUGUUGCUUAUUUCACUGUUUUGA